GUCCAUUAAAAAACAAUUAAAACCGAAAAAUGCAUCUCUGUGAGUGAAUAAAAUAAAACGUAAAAAAUAGAAAAUAAAAUUAAAAUAAUGGAGCAAAAGCUUGGUGUUGAAGAAGAAGAGGUUUAAUCGAGGCUUUCAUUCAUUCCUCGAGAGAACUGAGCUAAAGCUCGCGAUGAAGAAUUCAGAAGAAAAAGAAGGAGAAGAAGAAGAAGAAGAAGCAUUGUCAAGAGCUGCAAAAUCCACAGAUGAACUUUACCUUCUUCGAGACACUUAUUACCCUCAAAACCCUCACGAUAGAAUCUCAUCAUUGCAACAACUUUCCGAUCUCAUUCUCAAUCUCCUUGAUUCCGUUCCUCUAGAAGAAAGAAAAUCACCUGCGCAACGGGCAAUAUAUGAAUAUCUUAGAGGGAAGGUAUUAGAUGUAUUUCCUGAAUAUAAGAAAGAAGCGGAGGAUCAUCUAUCAAAAGCUGUUAAGUUGAAUCCAUCUCUUGCUGAUGCUUGGCUAUGUUUAGGAAACUGUAUUUGGAAAAAAGGAGAUUUAUCUGCAGCAAAAAACUGCCUCAAUCUUGCGUUAAACAAGGGUCCUAACAAAAAGAUUCUUUGUCAAUUAUCGAUGCUUAAAAGAAGCAUGUCUCAAGGUGCGGAUAAUCAAGCAGAACUUGUUGAUGAAAGCAUUCAACAUGCCAAGGAAGCAAUUGCUUUGGAUGUCAAGGAUGGGAACUCUUGGUAUAAUCUUGGAAAUGCAUAUCUUACAAGUUUUUUUGUCACUGGAGGUUGGGAUCAUACCAGACUUUCGCAUUCUUUAAAAGCAUAUCAAAAUGCUGAGAAAGAUGAAGGUAUCAAGUCCAAUCCAGACUUUUACUUUAACAGUGCCACUGCUAACAAAUAUCUAGAGAACUACGAGAGGGCCCUUAGUGGAUUUGAGGCUGCUGCUUUGAAGGAUCCAGGUCUCAAUGCUGCCGAGGAGGUUCAGAAAAUUGUCAAUUUACUUGACAAGGUGGACAAUCUUUUGAGGGUGCAUGUAAGAGCUAAGCGAAUCGCCUCUUUGGCAGCAUCAUUGGCUGUUGUAAAUUUGAAAUCGUCAUACAGAACAGUUACCAUAGACCUUCUUUCAGAGGGUCUUAAUAGAGCUCUAGCAGUACAGGGGAAGGUGAUAUUCUUUAUUAGGAGUGACGGUGUUGCUCCUCUAUACUAUUUGUUGUGUGAUUCAAACCAAACUUGCUUUGUUCUCUCAGUUUAUGGUGUGCGUCAGGAUGUGAUUAAAGGAGGAGAUCAGCUCACAUUGCUUGAUCCUUGUUUUCGUGAAGUUGAUGUUUCCUGGAAGGAGAAGCAUUACCAGUUCAAAUCUAUACGCCUGGAUUUCUAUGAGCAAGUGCUUGUUAAUGGAAAAGCUCUGACUCCGCAGCAAGCUAUUCAUACGUCGAUAUAUGCACAGCAUAAACCAUGAACAGACCACUGCUAAAUAGAUAUGUGUUCUACUUCUGCUUGUCUUUGGCUGAUGGUGAGUUGGUGUUGCAUGCUAUGUCCAUUUUGUUGAUAUGUAUAGAGGUGAAUUUAGUGUCUAAGUUGUGGGUCACAAACACAGAAUAGAAAAAGAUACUGGAGUGUAAAGUUUCACAUUUGGUUUCCUCAUCACAAGUUUUGCUUUUGUCAAAUAUGAUAGUUUUUCUAAGAUUCUCUUUUUAUCUUUUCGAUGCUACAAAACAUGUUUUUGUAAUAUUCUUGCUGUAUACGAUCAGAUUUUGGUCUAGUACAAGGGUUUAAUCUCCCACAAAUGUGGCGACCUACAGUUUAAACUUCA